AUGGAUGUGAACCAAAGCAAGGACUAUGAGGAUACGAUAGAAAAAUUAAAGGGGCUUCAAUCUAGCAUUUGUUCACUUAAAGCGCAAAUCAAGGAGGGGAAGGGGGGAGGCAAGGAAUAUGCGAGAAGAAGAAUGGAUCGUCUUAGGAAACUUCUUGGGUUACUAGGAAUAACCAACCGCCACAUCGGAGAUCUUAAUGUUGUACAUGUUGCUGGAACCAAAGGAAAAGGAAGUACCUGUGCUAUGGUGGAUUCUAUACUGAGAAACUAUGGAAUUCGCACCGGAUUAUAUACGUCCCCUCAUCUUAUUGAUCCGCGUGAGCGCAUACGAGUGGGUGGAAGAUUGAUACCUCAUUCAAAGUUUGCUCAAUACUUAAAUGAAGUAUAUUACAAGAUCCAAGAAGCUGAGUCUGCAAAUGGAAUGCCAUUCUUUUUUGAAUUCAUGACAAUUUUGGCCUUUUAUGUGUUUGUACAUGAGAAGGUAAAUGGUGCUAUAAUCGAAGUUGGGCUUGGUGGUCUUUAUGACUGUACAAACAUCAUAAGGAACCCUGUUGUUGUUGGAAUCACCUCCUUGGGUUUUGAUCAUAUAGAAGUGCUUGGAAAUACCAUUGAAGAAAUAGCAAAAGCUGGAAUAUUUAAGCCUGGCGUGCAAGCAUUCACAACACAUGAUAAUCCCAUAUCUGCACAGAAUGUUUUAAAGUCUUAUGCGAAACAGAUUGGCUGUGUAUUAUCUAUAUGCCCUCCAAUAUCAUCAUAUACCGGAGGAGAGAAAAAAAUCUGCUUAGGAUUAGAUGGGGAGGUACAGGGUUGUAAUGCAAGUCUAGCUCUUCAGUUAUCGCAUUUUUAUCUUACUAAUCGUAGAAAACAAAUUCCUGAUAUUACUAAAUAUCCUCCUCUUCUCACAUUAUGCUCUGAAACAAAAAAAGGGCCCUUGCCAUUCUUAGUAUCUGAUAAAGGUUUGGAAUCUCUUUGUAAAACAUAUUGGCCAGGAAGAUUUCAGAUGAUUUUUCAUAAUGGUGUCCAUCUAUACCUGGAUGGUGCCCACACAGCUGAAAGCAUUUUCUUGUGUGCUAAUUGGUUCAAAAGCAGAUCUAAACUGAAAAAAGUAGAUAAGCAUAAAUGUUUCCGGGCGCUUUUAUAUUACUGUAAAGGCCCUCGUGACUGUAGAGACCAUGUGAAGAUUCUUUCCAAACUGGAUUUUGAUGUAGUAAUGUUAUCACCUGGGGCUGUGCAUAUCUCUGAUAUCUGGGAACCGUAUUAG